UAUGUAAUGAAAUGCCAUUUCAUCAAUAUUCAAAUUUGCCGCGCUUCGUGCGUUCACGUUAUCUGUGGCACGGAUUGACGUAGCGGUAAGAAAAAAUGGCGAGAAAGGAUUAAAGUAUUGUGUGCUGGUGUGCAACGCAAUUUAUAAUAAAACUGAAAGAUAGAAGGGAUAUAAUUGGGGAUUUAUUAUAUGUGGACUUUAAAUGUCGUUUCUUUGAAUUUACAGAGAAACAAAUUGGUUUCCUUGAAAAUCCUCAAUAAUAUAUCUUAUAAAACGACAUUUUCGUUAACUAAAAGAAGAUGGACCGGUUGCAGUUUGAGUUUACGAUGAUAGCUUCAAAUGAUGGCAAAUCCAAUGUGUUAGCCAUAACCUCGAUUACUACAGAAGAAGGAAAAUGUUAUGUCUUACCUGAUGAUCUGAAACCGGUCAUUCACCAUACAUGUAUUGUUAAAAUGAGUACAUUCUCGAAAAUAAAAAACAGCAUAAAGAAGAGGCAUCAAAGCCGAAAAAUUUGGAUAAAAUUAAAUGAAGAUCAAAAGAAAACAUAUACAGAUGAGGAAGGUAAUAUGCAAUUUUUGGAUCAAUACUUGGAAGAAAUUAGCAUCAUACAACCAAAAGACAAAGAUAGUAAUUUACAAAAUAUAUUAGAAAAAUUAAUUGAAACUACCACGAAUAAAGAAAAUCAACAUAACCUAAGACAUGUCUCGGAGAAAUUUAUUAUUGAAAAAUUCACAAGUAAGAAUUGUAAUGCAUUGCAAUGGAUAGAGAAUUUUGAAAAAGAGUGUGACCGCUUCAGUAUUACAAAAGAUGAAACAAAAAUUGAAAUAUUGAGAUUGUUUUUAGAAAAAUCUUGUUUGGAUUGGUAUAGCUCGAUGGCCAUCAAACUAACAGUAACUUCUGAAUGGAAGGAAUGGAAAAACAAUUUUUUGGAAACGUUUAAAAACCAAGGAUGGGACAUGGUCUCAUAUGCUUUUUCAUUCAAGUAUAAAGAAGGAUUAUUAAUUGAUUAUGCAAUAAAAAAAGAACGACUCAUACUAGACAUAAACAAAUCAGUAGACUCCAAAACAAUAAUAGAUCUUAUUGCAACAGGCUUACCUGGGUUUAUCUUAAACAAAUUAAACAGGGAUGAACUCAACAACACUACUGAUUUGUUCAACCAGUUAAGAAAAUAUGAAGGUAUGAUGUACAAGAAGAACUCACCUAUGGUAAGAAGUGCUACUUUUCUUCAUAGAAAUAAAAUUAAUGAGAAGAAGCCGUGUAAGACGUGUGAAUCUUUAGACAAAGGAAUAAGAUACCAUCCAGAAGAGUUGUGUUGGUUCAAGAAAAAUAAAAAUGAAUCUGAAAGGGGUACCAAAGCCAGAACUGUGAACAAUAAUUCAAUUAUUGAAGUAGAUAUAAAUACUAAUAAAAAAAACGAGUAAGUACACCAUUAAUCAAAAUCAAGCUUUUGUUAGAAAAUAAAAUAGAAGUAAGCGGAAUUUAUGAUUCGGGCUCACAGAUCUCUUUGAUAAAUUCAAGACUAAUAAAAGUAAAAGAAAAUAAAGAUAAUGUUAAUGUUGCAUAUAUGAAAACGGUUAAUGGUGUGAAGAAAACAGAUGGCUUGAUAACAAUAAAAAUAAAAAUAUUUGAUAUGGAAGAAGAAGUGGAUGUAUAUGUUGUAGAAAAUGAAGAUUUUGAUGAUUUUAUAAUCGGAUUGGAUAUGAUACAGAAAUUCAGA